GUGGUAAGUGUUUACUACCAACGUCCUGAUUAACAUUGUUGGCAGAAAAAUCCCUGGUUGGUGACCCUGUAGGUGAGAUGGGGGAGUUGUAACUGUUACAGCUAUAGUAACAGUAUGGUCCUAGACAGUAUCAACACAGCCACCAACCCUCUCAAGAUGAGUCUAAUGGACGUCUCCAAGAUCUUCUCUCUGCUUCAGCCCAAGGAAGAGGAUGAGGAGGACAAUGAGCAUGGCCAGGCUCUGAACCAGGCCGUGAGCAGUGAUGACGUGGAGGUGUUAGCUGAGCUGUUGUCCCAGGAGAGCUACAGCAAGUCUAUCAACAGCAGAAGCGGCUGGGGGAUCCCUGUCACCCCCCUACGGACCGCUGCAGCACACGGACACCUGAGGUGUCUGGAACUCCUGCUGGAGCACGGAGCGGAGGUGGACAGUCUAGAUGUGAAGGCCCAGACCCCUCUGUUUACAGCGGUCAGUGGUAAACACCUGGACUGUGUUGUGGUCUUACUGAAGGCUGGAGCCGACCCCAACGGCAGCCCGUACAACAACUGUUCCCCGGUGCUGACCGCCGCCCGCGAGGGAGACGUGGAGGUCCUCAGGGAGCUGCUUCAGUUCGGAGCCGAGGUCGACGUCUGGCCCAAAGUCCCUGAGUGGGCCUCCAACGCCACAGCCUGCAGGGGACCCCUGUACAUAUCCGCUGUAUAUGGACACCUGGACUGUUUCAAGCUGCUGCUGCUCCACGGGGCUAAUCCUAACUAUAACUGUAAGUCAGAGAAGAUGCUGGCCAGGAUCAAGCAGCCCAAGACGGUGCUGGAGAUGUGUCUGAGGUAUGGCUGUGGAGUGGAAUACAUACAGCUGCUCAUAGACUUUGGGGCAGACGUGUAUCUGCCCACGCUGAUUAUUGACAAGACCACCAAGCAGAAUGAAGCGGUUGAUCUGCUGCUCAAGGAGAGAGUUUGUCCCAAUACUCUGAUGUCACUGACACGACUUGCGAUUCGGAGAUACCUCCCCAUGGUUAAUAAAAUGACGUCCAUAGACCGCUUGGACAUUCCCCAGAUACUGAGGAACUACCUGAAACAUCUCACAUGACCUCUAUCUCCUGACCUCUGAACUCUGCAUGAAGAUGAUGUCACAAAUGGAUGCGCUAUAUGGCUGUGUCACAAUAGUCUACAGUGGAUUCCUCUGCUUCAUCUCCACUGUUCUGAAAACACAUGUUAGGUGAAACAAUAUGAAGGAUGGUUUCUGCAAAACUUUCAAAAGAAGUGCAACAAUUUCAUACCAUCCUCUUCUGUCUCUACUGAGUGCAUCAUGGGCUGCAAAGUCCAGUUUGUUCUGUUUCUAUUGUAGGUGUGAAUAAUAAUUAUGCCAAGUUUGCCUUUGAAUAGCUGUAGAGGUUGAAUUAGAAUAAACAUGUUUAUUUAACUUAUUCUCUGUGAUUGAAUU